AUGCAGCAGAGGCUGGAGCGAGCGCAGCAGGAGCGAGACGAUCUCACGGAGCUGACGCAGCAGCAGGAGCGGCUGAUCGCAGGCCUAGAGGAUCAGCUGCAUCAGAGCGAGAGAAGGCGGGCCCAGCUGCACAACCAGAUCCAGGAGCUGCGGGGGAACAUCAGGGUCUUCUGCCGCAUCCGCCCGUUCCUGCAGGAGGAGGCAACCAUGGACGCCCCCUCUGACAUGACCUUCGGGCGCAGCGGGGACCGGCCCUCCAUCCUCAUCAGCCUCCCUCCCCCGCAGGGAGGACGCAAGAAGGACUCGCAGAGCUUGUCGUUCGAGUACGAUGAAGUCUUCGACCCGCAGAGCUCUCAGGCUUCCGUCUUCCGUGAGAUCGAGCCGCUGAUGCAGAGCGUCAUGGACGGCUAUCGUGUCUGCAUCUUUGCCUACGGCCAGACUGGCUCGGGCAAGACCCACACCAUGGAAGGAAAGAUCCGAGCAGGGAAGCAGGACGAGCAGAGAGGAGUCGUGCCUCGCUGCAUGGAGCGGCUGAUUGAGCUGCGUAAUGAGAUGCAGAAGAGAGACUGGAGUAUCAACUUGCAGUGCUCCUGCCUGGAGAUCUACAACGAAGUGAUCCGUGACCUGCUCUGCGACAAGGAGGAUGCUUCGAAGAAACUCGAGAUCAAGCACGACAAGUCCACCGGAGAUGUCGUCGUCACCAACCUAACUCAGCUUCCCGUGCAGUCAGAGGAAGAGAUCUACCGCAUCAUUCAGUCUGCCUCUCGGCGCAGAGAGACAGCUUCGACUGUGAGGAACGCCACGUCUUCCAGGAGCCACAGUGUGCUACAGCUGACUGUUGAAUGCAAGCACAUGCGGACGGGAGAGUCCAAGAAGGGGAUUCUCAACAUGGUGGACCUUGCGGGCAGCGAAAGGAUCAGCAUAGAUCAUGACAGCAAGACUACCAAGGAAGCGCAGAACAUCAACAAGAGCUUGAGCUCGCUGCUCGGAGUGAUUCAGGCGCUUGCAAGCAAGCAAGCUCACGUCCCCUUCCGCAACUCGAAGUUGACUCACCUCCUUUCGUCCUCCCUCGCGGGAGACGGCAAGGCCCUCAUGUUCGCCAAUCUGUCGCCUCGCCUACAGCACGUGCAUGAAAGCAUCAACACCCUUCGCUUCGCCGCGCAAGUCAACGUCUGCCAGCUCGGACAUGGCAAGCUCAAGGCUGGGGAGUAGAAGGAACAAGCUUUCAAAGAACAGAAGGAUGAGGAGGAAGAGGAUUUUAACUGACUGCUUGAAGAAACUAACUAAUUCG